AAUGGGGAUAUGGGGGGGUCAGAAUUGGCCCCGCCCAUAGCACCGGUACGGAAGGGGGGGGAUGGGAACGGGAACGGAAAUGGGAAAAUGGGAAAUAGUGGGAACGGGAACUGGGGACGGGAAUGGGGUCGGGAGCAGCCGGGGCGGAGGGGGGGCGCAGGGGAGGCGACCGCGCGUGGAACCGCCGCAGCGCUGGGACACGCAGCACCCCCGGGCGCUGUCCGCGGUGCUGAGCGGAGCGCCGGUGGGGCGGAACUGGACACGGAGACACGGACAGACGGACACAGGGUCGUGAGGAUGCAGACAUAAGGACAUGGACAGACAUGGGAAAAGAUGGAAACUUGGACACGGGGACAAGAGGACACGGACAGACGUACACAGGAAUCUGGGGACACGGGAACACAGACAGACACACGGACAUGAGGAUAUGGCCAUGGACAGACAGAUGUGGGAACAGAUGGGGACACAGACAUGGGGACAGACAGAAGGACACAGCCACGGAUGCACGGAGACACGGACAGAUGGACUCAAGGAUGUGGGGAUGUGAGGACACAGACAGACAGACGUAGGGGCACACGGGUACAUGGAGAUGGGACACAGAGACAGACACGUGGGGUGUGGACACACGGACAGAGCCUGUGACACGCAGUGACACAGUGACGGUCACACCACACACACCGUCACACGCAGUGCAACAGCUGUAGGAUCGCCGCACACAGCAUCGCACCUCACCACACACCGCAGGCACAGGGCCACACACAGCACACGCGGUGACACGCGCCCCGUUACACGCACACCGAUACACACGGUUGCACACACACGGUUGCACACACACGGUUGCACACACACUCACACCCUGAAGCCCCACAGCGACUCUCACACGGCGGUUUUGGGGCGCACCCACACAUGACCCCCAUCUCACACCCGUUACACAGGACAGGGUCGCACACCCGCCGUUGCACACUCGCCGUGACCCGCAGUCACGUGGUCACACGCGCACCGUCACACCCGGCCGGCCGUUACCCGUUCCUCCCCCCGCCUCCGAGACGCCGCACUUCGGCCCGUGAUGGCGGCGCCCGGACCGGCGGCAGCGGGAGCUGAGCGGGGGGUGCGAGCGGGGGUGCGAGCGAGGGGGGGGGAGGGGGACUCUGGGGGGAUGGCGCGGUGACCCGUGUCCGUGUGUCCGUAUGUCCGCCCGUCUCCCGCAGCCGUCCCUGCGCCCGGCCGUGGAGCGGUACCUGCGGGAGCGGCCGGAGGUGGCGAUGCUGCUGCGGGGGCUGCUGCGGGAGGUGAUGAUGCGACGGCCCCACAACGUCCUGGAGUUCGCUGCAGGUGGGGGGACACCAGGGGACCCCACAGCUAUUAAGGGGACAGUGACAGCCCCAGAGUGUAAGGGGACCCCAGUGGAACAGUGGGGAUGGGGGGGACGCAUCAGAGGAAUGGUGACAGCAGGGCCCAAUCCCUUCAGAGACAGCAACACCCCUAAACCAGGGGGAGCAUUUGAGGAGCACCACCAAGGUGUGUGGGGGGCAGUUGGACCAUUUAGGGACAGGGACAUCAAGGUGUGGGGGGCACACGAUGGGACAGUGGCACCAGGAUGCAAGAGGGCACUGGGGCAACGACACCGAGGGGUGUGGGGGAACUACCUGGGAGCAGCGCCACCAAAGCGCACGGAUCCAUUUGGGGACAGCAUCACGGAGCACGGUGCUCCCACCCAUUGCAGGGUACUUCACGGACCCAGAGCUGCCGCGGAGGAUUCGGGAUCAGCUGGGGACCCCACAGCAGCCGCAGUGAUGGCGACGCCCCGUGUGACACAGCAGGGACAGGAACCCGGUGCUUGUGGUGCUGUGUGUCCUACAGCAGCGCUGGGGCUGUGGUGCUGUCAGCGCUGUCACUCCACAAGCCGCUCACCUUUGGAGUCAGCCCUCGAAAAUCCCUUUGAGGUUACCCCCAAAACCCUGCUGCCCUCUCGAGUCACUUCGUGA